AUGCUUCCGCCACGCCAAGCCGCGGACCCCCGGUGCGGAAACCACCGUCAUGGUGGCUUCGUAGACACUUUGCAUGCCGAGCACAGCCUCGCCUUCUCAGCUUCCACCACCAGCGGCCAUGGAGGACGCCCCGCUUGCGUCACUGUCUUUGACGCAUGUUCACUAUUCUACGCGACGUUGAUAUGGAGCAACCGCGAGAUUGAGAUCGCUCUCAUGUUCGCCGGCCAGAUGGCCUGUGAGGCGCUCAAUUGGGUCUUGAAGCGCUACAUCAAGGAAGAGCGGCCACGAGAGAUGCAUGGAAAGGGAUACGGCAUGCCUUCGUCCCACGCCCAGUUCGUAUCCUUCUUCUCCGUCACUCUGACGCUCUUCCUCCUCUUCCGGCACGUGCCACACCCAACCGACACCCACACGCCCUUUACAUUCGGCGGUCGAUUACUCCUCUCCCUUGUCGCCAUAGCCUGCGCGGGAGCUGUGGCUGCAAGCCGUAUUUAUCUCAGCUACCACACCAACAAACAAGUCAUUGUAGGCAUGGCAGCUGGAGCCAUCUUUGCAUUUGCCUGGUUUGGCUUCACAACGUAUCUAAGAAGAGCUGGUUGGAUCGACUGGGCACUGGAGACCUGGAUUGCGAAGAUGCUGCGCGUACGAGAUCUCGUAGUCCAGGAGGACUUGGUCGAUUCUGGAUGGGCAAGAUGGGUCGAGCGGAGACAGAAGCAGAACUUUCGAGUCCAACAAGUUCAGAGCAAGAAGGUUAGUUCUCUCGAUACAUGGAAUACCAAUGCCCUUAAAGCACGCUUCUCCCACAAUGAAGAAUUGCGAACACGUGGAGCAAACUCCGAACAACGCAUGCCUUCAGUUGAUCGUCAGGGCCAAAUCUGA